CAGAUCGAUCCUCUCAGCAUCUCAACUUAAAAUAAGAAACUCCGAACCUAGGAACUUCACAACGCAUUUUCGAGAUACCCAAAUCACGACACGACAAUGAUUAGCCGUAUUUCGUACUCCCUGAGGGCUGCGUUUAUUCAUUUUCUUUCCUGAUUCCUAGCCGCUCUGACGUCGUCACCGAAGCUAUCGGAUAUCUCGAUCGUUAAGUGCUUUUGUUCGUUCGGGGUUCUUAGGAUUUGCGAGAACGUCGAAUCUUUCUCUGUCGUUAUUGAGGACGAGCGAUACAUCUUGAUUAUUAGUGGUUAUCAUCAAACGCGAUUUUUACAUAUUUAGCCAUGGCGACCGUACCAGCAGCGACCGCUGGUCCUAAAAAAUUGUCUUUCGCCAAGGUUGUUGCCUCUAAACCCAUCUCUAAACCUAAAGAGAAUGUUCCCAUCGUUUCGGCUACCCGAGUCGCCGUACCAACUAUGGAUCACCGCGUACAGUCUUCUACAGCUUCUACAAACCCUGCUGCAACAAGCAAGAACAUAGCAUCAACUCCCGCCCAUAGUCCGACAGUUGCUACCAAAUCCCCCCCUGCUCUUAAAGAAAAUGGUGUAGUGGCCACUCCGCCCGGUAGCGAGGCGGUUAGCAGCACUAAGCCUGCGCAAAGCGGCAAAGAUCAGCACGCCUCACUUUCUGCCGCUAGCGCUUCGUCCACGCCCAGCCUCGUCGUGAACGGUUCUUCAUCAUCUUUAGGUGAAGCACAGAGCAAAAACGAAAACGGAACGUCUGUAUCAGAUGACACUUCGCAGAGGGCGGAUUCCAACUCCGAGAUGGGUACUAAGGCGCCUAGUCUCGAUGGGAAGAGCAUUACUUCGGGAACCACGUUUGCACUUGACGAGAAGGAGUCCCUGCGACCAGACGACAGCGCUAGUGUAAAAGCAGCUGCGGAAGAUGAUGAGGCGUUUUCAGUAAGAGGUUCCUUGAUUGCGAACUCUCGAAUGGGAUCUGAAGUAGCCCGUAUCCAUCGACUUCGGAUCGGCGAUAUGCCUGAGAGACGAAUUGUUCAAAUACUCCCCGAAGCGCCAGAUCAAGGCGUCGUCACCCCUCAAAGUGGUGUUUCCAGCCAGCAGCCCCCUAUUGAGCAACCUCAGCCGCUCGGUAUAGUGAAUGGAUCGUCUGAUGCAUUUACCUCUAUGUAUGGCCAGAAUCCGGAUGAAAAGCUUCUCGAGGCUAUGCAAUCGCCGAAGGACAGAAUCUUCCUCCUCAGAUUGGAGCAAGAUGUGAUUAACUUCGUCCAAUCUUCUAAGGAACCUUACAUGGAUUUUCCACCGAACAACUCGUUCUGUAGGAUGCUAACUCAUAAGCUUGCCGACUAUUAUCACAUGACACAUUCUUUCGAAGCAGUCCAAGGCUCCGUUCGCAUCUACCGGACUCCAUUUUGCCGUGUGCCUCCGUCUCUGGCAAGCAUCGCGGGAACAAACACUAACGCCAGCGCUACUACAACACCGCCGCAGCUUUUGCCAAAGAAAAUCAUGCGGCGUGGUGAGGACGGUGGAUCAGGUCAAGCUAGUACCAGCCCAUCCAAGGCGACUUCCGAAGUUGGAAGCGACGGGAAGGAGAAGGGAGCUCCAACGAAAGAGAAACUUACUAGAGAAGAACGGGAAGAAGCCUACUUCAAAGCUCGAGAGAAGAUCUUUGGCACAGACAAACCAGGAGAAUCAACACCUGAAAAUGAUGAUGCAAACGGAGUCUCGAGAGCAAGCUCCGUCUCUGCCAAAGACAAGUCAACCCUUGGAAAACGCGGGAAAACAGGGAAACAACGAAGAGACGAUUCCGAGAGCUUUGACUCCCGGUCUCAGUACCAGCCGUACUAUAACCCUCACCAGCCCAACUGGACGCCCCAUUAUGUCCCCAUCGGGCACCCGCAAUAUAAUAGCCCAGUUCAGCAGCCUUACCAAAACCAAAUGCCGCAGGCUUAUGCGCCUCCUCCACAGGCAUAUCCAACCAUGAUGCCAAACAAUGCAUAUCCACAAUAUGGGAGCAUGCCAGUGUACCCACCUCAGACGCAGCCUACUCCGCCACGAUACACCCCUUCUAAUGGUUCUAUGGGUACUUAUGGUGGACCAAUUCAGACUCCUCCGCAACAACAAUGGCAACAACCUCCUAACUACCCUCCUCAAGUGCCCUCGUCUAGCCCGUAUCAAGGCCGGGCUCCUCAGCCUGCAGCCCAAGGAACCGCAGGGUCUCUUGUCAUCCCUUACGCGUUUGGACAGCUUCCAGCGAAUGCUAAUCCGCAUGAUCCUAAGAGCCAGCAUCCCAUUCCCGGAAGUUACAACCGCCAUGCUUUUAACCCUAAGACCCAGUCGUUUGUGCCUGGUAAUGGGAUGAUGCAGGUUCAGCCUCCCAUUCCCCCCUAUAAUAUGGGCGGUCACGGAAGUCCUCAAGUUGGAUCACCCCAUCUAGCCUACAGUGGGUAUGCUUCUCCUGCUCCGCCACCUCAGCCCUACGUCGGCGGGCCAGGCUAUGGUAUGAGCCGGCAGGGGUCCAACAACUCUCUGCCGGCUUACCAUCCGCCUCAGCAUCUCCCUCAACACCCGUCGGCGCAUCUUCCCCAGGCCCCGCCUCAGAUGCCGAACAAGCCAAGCAUCCCUCCCCCGACUGGACCAGGUCAGACGUUCAGCCACCUCCCUACUUACGGAAAUCCGGCCACUCUACCUCAAAAGCCUCCCACUGGGAUCUAGAUAAAGACUCGCGCAACGCAAUACACGCAUGAAAAGUUAGCAAGCAUUGGUGGUGUUUAUUCUUUUCGGUGAAGACUCGAGGCGGAUGGAUAAAGGGCAUCCACGAGAGACAAUGACACCGGCGUAAAUUGGCGGGCUGCUAUUACGGUAUCAUUGGUUGGCGUUCUGGCGCAGUUGGGUUUAAAUUAAGACACGUUGAUGGAAAUGACGAAAGAUCUUCUUUGCCCCCCGUUUUGUAAGAGCAUUGAGGUUCAGAGGUAUCAGUGCCCGAUAUAUCGAUGUAGAAGGAACUCCACCCUGUGUGGACCGGUC